GGGCGGGGCGGGGCGGGGCGGGGCCGGACCGGACGGCGGGGCCGGAGAAGCUGGUGCUGCUCCCGAGCCCAGCGCGCCCGGGUCCCGACGCCGGCUCCAGCCUUCCUUCCUCGCAUCGCCUCGCUCGCUCUGCCCCGGCUCCGCUCCUGGCUCCGCUCCUCCGGGCGUCAGACCGCCGGGGCUGCGGGAUUCCCGCUCCGACUUUGCCCGGGCGGCCCCCGCCUGCACCCCGGAGCCGCCGGGCUCGCGCGCGGGUCCCGGUAACUGUCGCCCCGGCCCCCGAGGCGCUUUCCCGCCGGCGGCCCGGGCGCGGCGUUCGGGCGGCGGAGGCGUGAGAGCGCGGCUUCCCGGCCCGGGGUCCGCGGCCGCCCGACCUACCCCGCCUCGGCCCGGCGCCCCGCAGCCGCGGCCCCUUCCGAGCGCAGGGGCCGGCGGCCGGGGAGGGCGGGCGUGUUCAAUGGAAGUAUGUUACCAGCUGCCGGUGCUGCCCCUGGACAGGCCGGUGCCCCAGCACGUCCUCAGCCGCCGAGGGGCCAUCAGCUUCAGCUCCAGCUCCGCGCUCUUCGGCUGCCCCAAUCCGCGGCAGCUCUCCCAGAGGCGUGGAGCUAUUUCCUAUGACAGCUCGGACCAGACUGCGUUGUACAUUCGUAUGCUAGGAGAUGUACGCGUAAGGAGUCGAGCAGGAUUUGAAUCAGAAAGAAGAGGUUCUCAUCCAUAUAUUGAUUUUCGUAUUUUUCACGCUCAAUCUGAAAUUGAAGUUUCAGUAUCUGCAAGGAAUAUCAGAAGGUUACUAAGUUUCCAGCGGUAUCUUAGAUCAUCACGUUUUUUUCGUGGUACUUCUGUUUCAAACUCUCUAAAUAUUUUAGAUGAUGAUUAUAACGGACAAGCCAAGUGUAUGCUGGGAAAAGUUGGAAAUUGGAAUUUUGAUAUCUUUCUAUUUGAUAGACUAACAAAUGGAAAUAGUCUAGUAAGUUUAACCUGUCAUUUAUUUAGUCUUCAUGGAUUAAUUGAAUACUUCCAUUUAGAUAUGGUGAAACUUCGUAGAUUUUUAGUUAUGAUUCAAGAAGAUUACCACAGCCAGAACCCGUACCACAACGCCGUCCACGCUGCCGACGUCACUCAGGCCAUGCACUGUUACCUGCGAGAGCCCAAGCUUGCCAACUCCGUAACUCCUUGGGAUGUCUUGCUGAGCUUAAUUGCAGCUGCCACGCAUGAUCUGGAUCAUCCAGGCGUUAAUCAACCUUUCCUUAUUAAAACUAACCAUUACUUGGCAACUUUAUACAAGAAUACCUCAGUCCUGGAAAAUCACCACUGGAGAUCUGCAGUGGGGAUAUUGAGAGAAUCCGGUUUAUUCUCUCAUAUGCCAUUAGAGAGCAGGAAACAAAUGGAGACUCAGAUAGGUGCUUUGAUACUAGCCACAGACAUCAGCCGCCAAAACGAGUAUCUGUCGUUGUUUAGGUCCCAUUUGGAUAGAGGCGACUUAUGCCUGGAAGAUGUCAGGCAUAGACACUUGGUUUUACAGAUGGCUUUGAAAUGUGCUGAUAUUUGUAACCCAUGUCGGACCUGGGAACUAAGCAAGCAGUGGAGCGAAAAAGUAACAGAGGAAUUCUUCCAUCAAGGAGACAUAGAGAAGAAGUAUCAUUUGGGUGUUAGUCCAUUUUGUGAUCGUCAGACUGAGAAUAUUGCCAACAUCCAGAUUGGUUUUAUGACAUACCUAGUGGAGCCUUUAUUCACAGAGUGGGCCAGGUUUUCCAACACCAGGCUGUCCCAGACGAUGCUCGGACACGUGGGGCUGAACAAAGCCAGCUGGGAGGGGCUGCAGAGAGAACUGCCCAGCAGCGAGGACCCCGAAGUUGCGUUCGAGGAGCUGAACUCAUAGUUAUUACCUCAGGAAACCGGUUGUCAUUACCCAGAACCGAGGACAGGCUGCCUCCUGGAGGUUAGAACGUGACGUGGGGGCUGGAGGUGAGGGAACUGACUCGACUGCAAGGUUUCCGGGUGGAUGAUGCCAGGAUCUCCUCUGUCGGUCACUUGAACCCACUUUUUAAUUCUGACCUGAACACAGCAAUAUGGAUAUGGCUCUCCUGGGAAACCUGGAAUCUGCAAAGCCCAGCAGGCGUGAAUCCGAAAGGAGACAAAGGAAGCUUUGCGGAGUGCCAGGUGUUUCUCAAAGCAUUUAUUUACUCUUUGAACAUGAAACUUGAACGGAACCUGUCAGCAGAAAUCUCUCGGGAUUUAACCAGUCUCAUGCAGCCUGUGUGUCUGUACCUCCCACUGAGUUCUCUGAGAAACGGAAAUGUGAAGUGCCCAGCUCUGCUGCCUCUGGCCAGACUUGAUGUUUACAAAUCCACUCUGAAAUUCUGGUUCUACAUUUGCCUUGGAGCAUAACUGCUAAGGAACCACUAAGAACUUUACAGAUCAAACUUUACACUGCAGCUCCUUUCCCCUGGUUUGCCUUCCUUCUCCUCUGGAUGCCACCAAAGCCCUCGCGUGCUCUGGUUUUGUCUGUGCACUGAACACUGCACUGUCCUAGCGUGCGCCCAGCCUCCCUCCAGGGCUGGUCGGCAGUGCCCUUCCUUUAACGCUUAGUUUUCAUUGGGGGCGGGAGGGCAGCGCACCCGUGUCCUAGCUGUAUUAUGAUUCUGCAGUGAAGACAUUGCAUGUUGUUUUCACUACUGUACACUUGACCUGCACAUGCAAGAAAAGGUGGAAUGUGUAAAACACCGUAAUCAGCUCAGGGUAUUGCCAAUCUGAAAUAAAGUGGGAUGGGGAAGUGUGCCCUUCAGAGCAAGGUACUAAAGCCCCUUUCGCUGCAGUGAGAGGUAUGUUGUGUGUGGAUGGGCGGAUGUGUGUCUGUGUGCAUGUUGUGCAUGUGUGACUAUGCAUGUGUUCUAUUUAUCCUUGUGGGAAAGGAUCGGACAUGGACACUCUUAUUUAUUUUAGAAUGUGCCGUGAGGGGCAGCCCCCGGGGGGUGGGGGAGGGAGCUGUGACGGAUGCUCCAGUUGCCUUAAACUAUGCACAAAGCUAAGUGACCAAACUUCCUGUUAUGAUUUGAAAAAAGUGCAUUGUUUUCUCGUCUCCCCCCUCUCCCCUUUUUGAUGAAACGCGACCCUUUGAUGGGCCUUUUGAUGUGAACAGACGUUUUCUAGGACAAAAAUCUAAGGACUAAUUUUAAACUUAAAACAUUCCACUUUUGUAAUUUGUUUUAAAUUGUUCUAUGUAUAGUAAGCACAACUGUAAUCUAGUUUUAAGAAAAACCAGUGCUUUCUUUUAGUUCCAUUGUAUUUCCCUUGUUACUGUAAAAGACUGUUUAUCAAUUAUGUUUACAGUUUGUUGCAACAGCCAUUUUCUUGGGAGAAAGCUUGAGUGUGAAGCCAUUUGUAAAAGGCUUUGCCAUACUCAUUUUAAUAUGUGCCUGUUGCUGUUAACUUUUGAUAAAUAAAAAGCUACCUUUUCACAUUUUA